AUGUCGUCUUUCGAGAACCUUCCUCCCGAGGUGUUUGAUAUCAUCCGGGCAGAACUUGAAUUGGAGAGUGAUAUCUAUCAUCUUUUGUUGACCUGCAAAGAGAUGCACAAGGCAUGCAUCGAAACGCUGUACAGAGUUAACGCAUCUAACAUUGUCCAUCCGCGCUCAAACCAGCCACACAAUCAGCGCCCAUCCGCGCUAGACUGGGCUAUCGAGAACGACAUGACCCUGAUUGCCCAAAGGGUGAUAGAAAUGACGCCCGAGGUCUGCAAUAGAGGCCACCUUCGCAAGGCUCUAAGAAUGAAAGACUCCGACAUCGCAUAUCGUCUCUUGUGUCUUCCUCAAGUGCAAGAGCAAUUCCGAGAUCAUGAAGGGAGAGACAAGGCUCGAGAGUUCACAUGGAUUGCCAUUAUACAUGGGCAUAUAAUAUGCCUUGACAUACUCGAAAAUCUCUUACCAAUCAGCCCCGGAAGCUUUCAAUACUUAUUUAAUUACAUCGAGCCUGCGCUCGCCGCCGCAUGUCAUCACGGGCACGUUGAGCUAGUGAAAAGAUUCACUGCGGCAGGAUCCAGGCAAUGCAAGCACCCGGCGGCGUGGUUGAGGGAUUACUGUUUGUUUAACGCUAUUCGAUAUCGGGGAGAGGGGCACGAGAGCAAUAGGAAUUAUGAAAUGGCGAAAGUCUUGCUGAACGUAUAUCCAAAGCUGGCAACAAUUACGAGCUUCCUCUUUGCAGCAGCCCAAGAGGGUCAUGAUUCCAUAGCCAAACUUCUUCUAAGUCAUCGAGCGCGGCUGCCGUCUAAUCAAGAUCAACUCUCGUUUCUUCUAUUCGAGGCGAUCCGCGGGGGGUGUCUGUCAUUUGUGCAGACACUUCUCGAGAACGGAGCAUCGAUAAUUCCAGCAACUCGACCAAGGCUCAAAUAUCCCGGAUUUAUUCCGCCACAAGACAGACCGCACAAACAACGUCAAAACGCAGGUAUCAUCGAACAAUUACUUGCCGAGCAACAGGAGAGGCUCUCAAACAGCCACGGUGCAGGACAAUACGUGCUCAGCGAAGCCAUUUCAGCGGAUAAUAUCCCUCUCGUCAGGUAUUGUGUUUCUGCCGGCGCGCAUAUUCAUAACGGACAUCAAGCACUUCUGUCAUACCACAUUUCGUCCAUCGAAAUGUUAGAAUGCCUGAUUGAAGAGGGCGUAAACAUCAACUCGUGGGACGAAGAUGGGAUUCUCCCAAUUCAAAAAACUCUCCCGUUAAUUUCCUACCGCAUCGACGAUCCCCUCCAUUUUUUCAACGCUUUUGUCAGCAAAGUAGACGAUAUUAACGCCACGAAUAUUCAGGGUGAAACAGUUUUAUCUUACUACUGUUCUGUGGUCCCUAGCAGGCGUUCUUAUUACGACUCGAAGAAUGAAUACCAAUGUAUCAAGGAACGUGUCAAAGUACUGCUUAACAGUGGUGCAAAACUUGAUCUGGCAUCUAAUACUGGAAGAUCACCGCUGCAUGAAGCCGCGGAGUUCUCUUCCAAGAAAGUUGUAUCGCUACUUUUGAAGCGCGGUGCCAACUCCAAUGCUCUAGACAAUCAAGGGCGCAGUCCUCUCCAUUCUGCAAUGGCUCAUCGAUGUCCGGAGAUAGUAGUCAAAAUGGCUGAAAGACUGUUAAAACAUGGCGCUGAUCCCAAUCAUCAGGACCACAAAGGAACUUGCGCGUUGCAUAUCCCGGCUUCCUGUGUGAAUCCUUACUAUGCUGAAAAGUUGCUUCAUCUUUACCUAUCGUCACAGGGAAUCAAGGUAGAGGGGGAUAUAACGAAUGAUAGCGACAACGAGACGGACUCAUCCUCCCCUUCUUCACUCGCAUCCGACGAAAAUGAAGACAAGACGCAAGAUGAUGAAGCAGAUAAAGCAAUUAAAUCUCUCACUAAUGACUUUUUAUGGCGACUGAACGACGAAGGUGCAACUCCUUCUGUUGUUGUGGCUAGGGAUUAUGAGAACGAUGCACAGGACUGCAUACAAUUCUAUCUCACUGACCGUGGCUUCGAUGUGCCUGACGCACAUGGUAUCACCCCACUAGCGGCCGCGUUUCUUUCAUGCCGCACCAAUCUCGGAGAAUGGCUUGUGAGGCGUCACGGAGCAGAUUUGAACUGGCUAAAUGGCCGUGGUCGGACGGUCUUGGACAUACUGUCAGAGCACUCAGCCACCAAGCACGGAACAAGCUUGUCUAUGUCCAAAUAUGUAGCAAGACAUCUCGGUGGGUUAACUUCGAGGGAGCUCGCUGAUUCUCGUGAUAACGAGUACUUACGAGCUCUCCUGAGAGGAGAUGGUUCAGAGGAAGCUAAGGAACGGAAGGCAGCGGCCCGUGAUGGGCGCUUUUACUACAUGAAUGCUGUUUUGAACCGGUAUGAAGGAACUAUUUAG